AUGGUCUUCAAGCUUGUGGUCUUCUCUUGCCUGGUAGCUGUGAGCUAUGGAAGUGUGGCGCCCGCAGCAAUUGCAGCAGCUCCUGUGGCAUACACAGCUCCUGCCGUCGCAGCAAGACUAGAGGAAUUCGAUCCCUUACCGCAAUAUAGAUUUGGAUAUGAUGUAGCAGACUCUCUUACUGGAGACUACAAGAGCCAGCAAGAACAACGUAACGGUGACAUUGUCCAGGGACAAUAUUCACUGGUCGAACCUGACGGUACUCGUCGCAUUGUUGAUUACUCUGCCGACUCUAUUAAUGGAUUUAAUGCUGUGGUGCGAAAGGAACCACUCGUAGCACCAGCUGUGGUUGCCGAACCGGCUGUUGUUCCUGCUCGUAUCGCUGCUGCACCUGUUGUUGCUGAACCAGCUCCUGCAGUGGUUGCAGCUCGUUAUGCCUAUGCCGCUGCUGCACCUGUUGCCGCCCGGUAUGCUGUAGCUCCCGUAUCAGCACCUAUCACGGCUCCCCUUAGAACUGCACCUGUAUUUGCAAGAUAUGCUGCCGCUCCUUUGCCAGCAACUCAAUACUACGCUGCUCCUGCUGCUCCUUUAGUGAGUGCCCGAUAUGCCAGCGCUCCUCUCGUGGCCCGUUAUGCCGCUCCAGUAUCAGCAUACAGCGCACCAGUAGCGGCUGCUUAUACUGCAGCAUUACCCGCUGCUUACACUGCAGCUUCGUAUACAGCUACUGGUCCAUUCGCUGCUUACACCGCGGCUGCUCCAGUUGCCGCUGCCUACACUGCGGCUGCUCCAGCUAGGUUUGCAGUACCAGCUGCAUAUGCUACACCGGUUGCGGCAGCGCCUGCCCGUCUUGCCACCGCCCCAGUCGCUGCUGCCCCCGUAGCACCGGCUGCACCUGCGAAAAUUGUCGACGCCACUGCUGCUGGUUAUCGUUAUCCUUGA